CCUUUUUAUACAUCUUUUUUAUUUGCUCCUACACCGACACAUCUCUGGUCCUCUCCUCUCCUCAGUUCUCCUCUUCUCAGCUGACUUUGUUCCUUCCCUCCCUCAUGUCCUCCUCUCCUCCGCUCUCUGGCUGUGGGGAUGUGACUGAGUCUGAGCGGAGAGGAGGGACAGAGGGAGGGAGGGACAGAUGGAGGAAAAGAGGGAGGGGAGGGUCAGUAUAAAACUCUCGAUCUGUGAUUCUGCCUCUGCAAACAGCCCAGGUUUCUCAUCCCCUCCUCUGCAUCUGCCGCUCUUCUCUCACUCACACUCGCUCACUUUGUCCUCUCGCUCUCCACCCUGCGUCACAGCCUGCAACUCUCUCGACUAAACCCUGGGAUUGACUUUUUUUUAGGGGAGGAGUUGUGUGUGAGGGGAUGUAGGAGGUGUCUGAGACUUCAGUCCAACGCUGGCAGCUAAGCCAUCCACGAACAGACGCAGGAAAGUGACGGCACGUGUGUGUAUGUGGGUCUUCUUCUCCUUCACACACACUUCAAGGCACUUUUCAGGAUACUAGCUGUGUCCUGCUGUCCUUUCAGUCCUUCACACACACACACAAACACACACACACGCUUACACACGCUCCUCUUGGCUUUAGGCUCUCUACAUCAGGCACCAUUUCGGCCCCGGCCAGAGCGACCCUGGCCACCCAGCCGCUCCCGCGCCUCGGUCUGGGCAGGAAGAGCCUGGCAGCGGCGGCUGUAGGUGUUAUGCUGCUCCUGGUGCUUGUGGUGCUCAUCCCGGUGCUGGUGAGCUCUGUAAGCACCGACGCCGGCCAGUAUGAGAUGCUUGGCGCCUGCCACAUGGUGUGUGACCCUUACCUGAGCAGCAAAAGUGCUGUGACAGGUCCAGCGGGUGCAGGCUCUGAGGCACCGCCGCCACCCUCCACGCUCGUCCAGGGGCCACAGGGGAAGCCGGGACGGCCGGGCAAACCCGGACCUCCGGGGCCACCUGGGGAGCCAGGCCCCCCGGGUCCAAUGGGGCCCCCGGGGGACCGAGGGGAAAGAGGGGACCGCGGCACAAACGGCAUUAAUGGAGCUAUCAGCACGGUGACAUACAGCACACAGCCACGCGUUGCUUUCUAUGCCGGACUCAAGAACCCACACGAGGGCUACGAGAUCCUCAAAUUCGAUGAUGUCGUCACCAACCUGGGCAACAACUAUGACGGUGCAUCAGGAAAGUUCAUCUGCAGCGUGCCUGGCACCUACUUCUUCAUCUACCACGUGCUGAUGCGUGGAGGCGACGGCACAAGCAUGUGGGCUGACCUGUGCAAGAACGGACAGGUGAGAGCAAGUGCCAUCGCUCAGGACGCUGACCAGAACUACGACUACGCCUCCAACAGCGUCAUCCUGCAUCUGGACGCCGGAGACGAGGUCUACAUCAAACUGGACGGAGGCAAAGCCCACGGCGGCAACAACAACAAAUACAGCACUUUCUCUGGUUUCAUCCUCUACGCUGACUGAACUGCAGAGCUCGAGGAGAAGAGGAAGAAGACGAGACGGAGAAAGAAGAAGCCUUUAUCAUCCAAGCGCUUUGUUUUCACUUCACAGGAUCAUCCUGCCGCUUCAACCAUCUUUUUUUUUUUUUUUUGCUUUGUUUGAUUGCGAACUCUAGUAAGAGACUGUCAGUGGACAGAGGGUGUCAUUUCUGCUCUAUGAAUCAACUUAAUGACAAAAAAGUGAGGAAAAAUGAAAGCGGUGAAAAAAGAGACAUUUUCUUUCUUCCUAUGAGACUCCUGCAGGACUUUCGAGUGGCAGAGAUCUUUUUUCUCAUAGUCGCGUACGUCUCCCCAUCACAUCUCAUCUUCCGUCCACAGAUAUUUAUCUAUGAGAUACGAGAAUGAUCCAAGAUGUCUGUCCCUCAUGGAGAAAGAGAAAAUUAAAUAUUUUUUGAAGGCUUGCUUUAUUGACUAAGGGAUCGUUUCAGAUUGAGUUUAGCCUAGUUAAAAUCCUAUUUCAGAUUAUUGAAAAUGCUUGUGCAUAUUGAAAAUUUUUGCCAUCCUUAGCGCUUUUUGUUCUUUACCUCCCGUUCCUGAAUAACUGAAGAUUGGCGGUUGUUGUUUUUCAGCGUGAUGUGCUGUGUCUGUAGCAGAUGUGACUCGUGGCAGAACGUUGUCCAUGAAGGACGUUUCGGAAAACACAAAGGACGCUUUUUCUAAAUGCUGUUAAUCCUUAUUCCUUUAUUUUCAUCCAUCAGUUAGCCGAGUACUUCUCUCAUCCAACACUCCAGGCUCAAAUGUUUCAAGUAUCAUUGUCCCUUUUAAAUACCCAGCAUGUUCAUCUAGUCCAAAAACAACAUAGUUUAAACCAGGGGUUCUCAAACUUCUUACUGUUUAAAAAAAAAAAAAGAAAGAAAUAAUCAUGGUCUCCAAUAGUAAACAUUUAUUUUACAAACAAGCUGUGCAAAAAUUAGGUACAUUAUUUAAAUGUAUUUUAUAAUAUAAUAUUUUGAUAAUAUAACAUUACCAAAAUAUUAUAUUAUAUAUUUAUAAAUAAUAUAUUAUAUUAUUUUGGUAAUAUUAUAAAAAUGGUAAUAUUUUGGCUAGACCAGUUUUAAAAUGUCAUUAGAUUAGGCUUGUGCGAUAUAAAGAUUUAAUUGUCUCU